AUUUGACUCGCACUAGAUAUACACUCUGUCAAAAAAAAAAAAAAAAAAAACAAUAAAAAGUAAUCGGUUUCAAUUUAAUUUUUUUUAUUUAAUUAAAAUAGUGUGACGUGCUCGUUCGGUGGAUUAGUUGGUGGAAAAAAAAAAAUAAGAUAAAUUAAAAAAUUAGUGAUAAGAUUAAGUCAAGUUACCACUAAACGGUAACAAAUAUUAAUGACUAUUUGUUAAUAACCAUUUGACCUAAAUUUUAUUUAGUUUGAGGUUAUGAUAAGUUAAAUAUUAAAGGAAAAUUAAUUUAAUUUAUUCAAUUGAAAAUGAAGCUAAUCAAAGCUUUAUUGAUUGCACUUGUUUGCUGUGCUUUUAUCAGCUUUGAUUUGACGCCCGUAUCAGCAUUUGAAGACAAUGACUUUGCGGAAUUUGAGGAUUUCGAUAGUGAUGAUGAAUUUGUAGAGGCACCUGUCACGGUUAAAGGCGAAGGUGUCCCAGCAACAAAUGAAGUACCAGUUGUAAAGGAAAAGGAACCCGUAAAUACGGUUAAUGUACAAGAUGAUGAAGAAGAUGGUAUUGUUGAGGAUGAAGAUGAAUUUUUCAAAGAUGAUGAAGAAUUUGAGGGUUUCGAUGGUGGCGAUGUUAAGGAAGAUGUAGUCGAUAAAAGAGCCCCCGAACCAAAACUCACCGUUGCCAAGAUACCCAUGCAUUUUAGAACACAUUGGGAUUCCUAUUGGAUGGAAAUGUUAAUGUUGGCAGGUCUUAUGGUAUAUUUCACCAACUUUUUCGCCGGCAAAGCUAAAAAUGCCAAAUUAGCUCAUUUGUGGUAUAGCACACACAAGGGUCUGCUCGACGACAAUUUUGUUUUGGUGGGAGAUGAUGGCAAACAGGAAAAUGAAAAUCCUGGUUUAAUGAAAGAAAGUGAAAGUUUGUACACACUUUGGUGUUCCGGACGUACCUGCUGCGAAGGCAUGUUGGUCGAGUUAAAAAUGAUUAAACGCCAAGAUUUGGUAUCAUUAGUAGCUGGAUUAAUGCGCCCACAACAAGAUCAACUACACAUUAAAGUUGAUCUUACACGUGGUGUAAUGGAUCCAUUUGUAUUCUGUGUUGGUACCAAAAAGACUAUAACGAAGGCUUUUAAGGAAUACUCCGAUUUGAGCAAAUAUUGUACUCUAGUCAGUAAACCAGAGACACGUUAUAAUGUGCCUACUGGUUUCAGUGUACUCUCUGAAAUCCCAGAAGCCACAUCUGCCAUACUCGAGAACCGUGUUAUAACGGCUCUUAGCAAAUAUCAACAAUUUAUUGAUUAUAUUCAUAUUUCUGACCAAUUUUGCGGUCCCAUACAACAAGACGAAACGAAUGUUUUAAAACAACCUGAAACUAAACCAGUACUUAUGGCCGGUUUUAAUUUACCCAAGGAUGGUGAUAUGGAAUCUGUAAAACCAUUGCUUAUUUUGAUUUUCUAUUUAAUGGAGCGCCUUAAAGUUCAACGUAUAUCCAAGGAGGGUAUCCAAAAAGCCGAGAAGAAUAGAGCUCGUGUCGAGGAAGAAUUUUUGAAAAGUACUCAUGCUGCCCGUGCUGAAGCAGCAGCUCAACGUCGCGAAGAGAAACGCAAAGCCGAAAAAGAGCGUAUCAUGGCUGAAGAUGAUCCCGAAAAGCAACGUCGUUGGGAAGCCAAGGAACAGAAACGUCAGGCUAAAAAGAAAACACCUAAAAUGAAACGUUUAGCCGUUAAAUCGCUUUAAAUGAGUAUUCUCAAACGCAUUAAUAAGUUCUCAUAUGUCUCAGUCCACAAAAGCGUAACGUAAUUGGUUUAAAUAUUAUAAUUUAAUAUUCAAGUAUGUAUUUAUUUAAAAACAAAUUUAAAUUAACAUUAAUUUGAAUAAUAGAAAAUUUAAGAAAAACCAACGUAAA